AUGAGCGAGCUGAAGGACUGCCCGCUGCAGUUUCACGACUUCAAAUCGGUGGACCACGUGAAGGUGUGUCCCCGUUACACAGCCGUGCUGGCCCGCUCCGAGGACGACGGCAUCGGCAUCGAGGAGCUGGACACACUGCAGCUGGAGCUGGAGACACUGCUCUCCUCUGCCAGCCGCCGCCUCCGUGUCCUGGAGGCCGAGACCCAGAUCCUGACGGACUGGCAAGACAAGAAGGGUGAUCGGCGGUUCCUGAAGCUGAGCAAGGAGCACGAUGUGAGCACCUCUGUCAAACAUGGGAAACCCAAGAAGCAGAAGCUAGAGGGCAAAGGGGGCCAUGGGACUGGGCCCGGCCCUGGACGGCCCAAGUCCAAGAACCUGCAGCCCAAGAUCCAGGAAUAUGAGUUCCAAGAUGAUCCCAUUGAUGUGCCCCGCAUUCCCAAAAAUGAUGCUCCCAACAGGUUCUGGGCAUCAGUGGAGCCAUAUUGUGCUGAUCUCACCAACGAGGAGGUCAGAGUCCUGGAGGAGCUGCUCAAGCCACCAGAGGAUGAGGCUGAGCAUUACAAGAUCCCGCCCCUGGGGAAGCAUUAUUCCCAGCGCUGGGCCCAGGAGGACCUGCUGGAGGAGCAGAAGGAUGGAGCCCGGGCAGCAGCCGCUGCUGACAAAAAGAAAGGUGUCCUGGGGCCACUGACUGAGCUGGACACCAAAGAUGUUGAUGCCCUGCUGAAGAAGUCAGAAGCCCAGCAUGAGCAGCCAGAGGAUGGCUGUCCCUUUGGGCCCCUAACGCAGCGUCUCCUGCAGGCCCUUGUCGAGGAGAACAUCAUCUCCCCUGUUGAGGACUCCCCUAUCCCUGAGAUUGCUGGCAAGGACUCGGGAGCUGAUGGUGCUGGCACAUCUCCCCGCAGCCAGAACAAACCCUUCAGUGUUCCUCACACCAAGUCAUUGGAGGGGCGGAUCAAGGAGGAGCUGGUGGCUCAGGGCUUGCUGGAGUCGGAGGACCGGCCAGCUGAGGACUCGGAGGACGAGGUGCUGGCUGAGCUUCGCAAGAGGCAGGCUGAGCUGAAGGCCCUCAGUGCACACAACCGUGCCAAGAAGCAUGAACUGCUACGGCUGGCCAAAGAGGAGCUGCACCGGCAGGAGCUGCGGCAGCGUGUCCGCAUGGCUGACAACGAGGUGAUGGAUGCCUUCCGCAAGAUCAUGGCUGCCCGGCAGAAGAAGCGCACGCCCACCAAGAAAGAGAAAGACCAGGCCUGGAAGACCCUAAAGGAGCGGGAGAGCAUCCUUAAGCUGCUGGAUGGUUAGCAGAGAUCCCUGUCUCUGCUGUGGACA